GACGCGUUGGCAAUUUCCUAAACACAGCUCAGUCACUUCAGUAUCAUCCGAGGCCAGGGCAGGGGAGAGGUGUGUGUGUGUGUGUGUUGGAUGUAACACCGGCUGGAAGACGAGCUGCUGAAACAGAGGACUGUUGGACACCGAUUUGACAUGAGCAGGUUGCCCUGACAUGGACAAAGAGAUGAUUCCCAAAUUUUCGUCAAAGGAUGAGGAAGUUGAUUACUGGAAGUCCCAAGCCCUCAAAUAUAAGAAAAGUUGCCAUGAUGCCCAGGAGGAGUUGCAGGAGUUCCAGGAAGGGAGCCGGGAGCUGGAAGCUGAGUUGGAGGCCCAGCUUGGCCAGGCCGAACACCGGCUUCGAGACCUCCAAAGUGAAAACGAGAGACUGAAGAACGAGAUGGCCAACCUCAAGGAGAAGCUAGAGCAUCAGUACGCCCAGAGUUAUAAACAGAUUUCUAUGCUAGAGGAUGACCUGGGCCAGACACGCAGCAUCAAGGAGCAGCUCCACAAAUACGUCCGAGAGCUCGAGCAGGCCAACGAUGACCUGGAGAGAGCCAAAAGGGCGACGAUAGUGUCUCUUGAGGAUUUUGAAGGCCGUUUAAACCAGGCCAUAGAGAGAAAUGCCUUCCUGGAAAGUGAGCUGGAUGAGAAGGAGUCUCUUCUAGUAUCCGUGCAGCGGCUGAAAGAUGAAGCACGAGACCUGAGACAAGAGCUGGCAGUACGGGAGCGGACUACAGACAGGAUGUCAGCACCCAGCUCACCCACCUUAGAUAUCGACAAAAUGGAUUCUGCAGUGCAGGCGUCUUUAUCCCUCCCAGCCACACCUGUUGGAAAGAGCAUAGAGCACCCCUUCAUCAGCCCAAAAGGAUUGACCAAUGGCAACUCGUCCCUCACUCCCUCUGCUAGAAUCUCAGCUCUUAAUAUUGUCGGUGAUCUCCUGAGGAAAGUUGGGGCUCUGGAGUCAAAACUCGCCGCCUGUAGGAACUUUGCCAAAGACCAGGCAGCAAGAAAAAAUUACUCCAAAGACAACGGCACACUCAUCAACAGCAACGCUACCAAGUUCUCUCACUCCCUUCAUACCACUUACUUCGACAAAACGACUGUUAAUGGAUUGGACCCCAGCUCCUUGACCGCCAUUGCAACAUCCAGAGCCGUGUCUCCACCAGGCAUGCUGCCUCUGAGUGUGUGAGGCGUCCCCAUACCACAUAAACCUCCACUGAAUCUCCUAUCCACCCAACAAAAAAACAGAGAGGACACUUGAAAGACCAUUACAUUGUGUGCUAAGUGUGUAUGUGUGUGUGUGUGUGUGUGUGUGUGUGUGUGUGUGUGUGUUUGAGAAAGAGAGAGUGUUUGAAAGGAAGAGUGAUGCGUGUGUUCGGGAUUGUGCAUUUUUGAACGUGACGUGUGGAAGAGGAGGCUUUACUAUACAUUGUUCGGAGCUCUAAAUGCAUCUGUGAGUAGGUGCACAGUCGUGUGCAUACGUUCCUACCACACACUGGCAUGUGCCUAAAGCUCUACUGUACUGUGCUCGUAUGAAUGUCGCUGCAAAUGCGUUGCUCUCUAGAUGUCAACUCUGAAGUGGCACCGUUAUAUUCUUAGUUUCUGUUCAUCUUACAAAUCUACUAUCCCUGACAAAAGGUCCUUAACAGACCACAGCUUCUUCCUUUUCCUCCUGUGUUUUCACUUAAAUUGCACAAUUACUAUUUUCAAUUUAGAAUGUAUUAUAUUUAAAAAGGGAUAUGUUCAUACUAACUAAUUUAUCUCACAGUAUGCUUUAAAAUGCAAUGUUUCUUAUUUGCUAUUUUCUUGCAUGUGUGCAUAUGUGAUGUGGGGUUGGAGAGGUGUUGUGGGGACCCCAUAUUCAUGACUGAAGUGAAUGUUGAUCGUUCAAAGCCAUGUAGCCAUAGUGCAGUCGUUCCUCUUGCCGCUGGCUACUUGCUGUAAUCCAUUUGGAAGUAGUCUCCACGUUAAAGCUUGGAAAUAUCAGCUGGUUCUGUCCUCUGGGUUAAACCUGCACUUAAACUUAAAUUGCUCCUCCUCACAGGUUUUGCUGAAGUCGAGUGUUUUUUUUUCUCUGUGGACAUCCAUUGACAUUUCGAGGGAACAGUUUUGCCUUUUUUUUAAAUGUUUAACGUAUAGAUUUUUUUUUUUCUUUUAUCUUGUGACAGGCUUAUUUACCUCAUUCUCAUGGUGGAUUCGUAAUAUGAUGAGGCUAUUUAAAACUCAGACAGAAGGACGCUCAAAGCAAAACAAAAGUGACUCAAGGAUCUUUUUUGAGACUUUGGCUGGUGUAUGUGACUUCAUGGUUCAUUGUGGCCUUUGUGUCAUGCAGCACAUUUCCUAAUUUUAUCUGUUAUUGUGUGAACUUAAAGUUAAUUUGACUUGACUUUUGGAUUUUUGGCAGGUUGGACAUUGGCAAUGCAUUCAUUUUACACCCCAGAAUUUUGUUUUAAAUACAUUUUGCCCAUAUAUUUCUCCCUUUUGUAGAGCUUUGUGUCACCAUCUUAAGUUAGUAUUCAUUGUUAUUUGAUAAUAUGAGAUGUUAUUUUCAACACCAUUCUAGAUGAGCCUGUUACUAAAGUGUGUUCUACAGUCGGUGUAUAUAGCUUGUAAGGAUGGUAAUUUUGCCUACCACAUUUGUACAUACUGACAUUUGGCAUUAAGGUCCUAUUUAUUUCAGAUUAUGUAUGGCAUGUUCAGAUAAUGAAUGGUUAAAGCCAUUGUAUUAUGAUAUCAGAUUGUUUGUCAAAAUUGUUUAAGUAAAUAAAGAUUGAGAUGACAAAUA